AGGGCCCUCGCGCUGUAAGACGCCGCAAGCCCCGGCCCCGGGUCCUUCCGCGCGAGGCGCCGCCGCCGGGGAGGGCCGGUCGCGACGCGCGUGCCGGGGGCGCCCGCCGCCAUGUACUACAAGUUCAACGGCUUCACGCAGCGGCUGGUCGGGGCCGCGGCCUCCGCCGCCUACAACCCCCAGGGACUCAAACCAAUAGUUUCCACUGAAUCCCCAGCUCUGGUUUUUGGGACAACUAAACUUGCUUCAGAUUUACCAGCAACUGAUUCUUUCUUGGGUAAAAACAAGGUGCCAGACCUACAGAAACUUUUUCAGAGAGCAGAUGGAUUGCCAGUACACCUGAAGCGAGGAGUUCCAGAUAAGCUGCUUUAUCGGACCACUAUGGCUCUAACAAUAGGCGGGACUAUCUACUGUCUAGUAGCACUGUACAUGGCCUCACAACCAAGAAACCAAAAGUAAAUUAACCACAACUCGUGGGACUCAUGACACUUCUUUGAAGGACCUCCUGCAUAUAUCUCUUUGCACUUGCUUUAACUAUGUGAUCGUGCAGGGUUCAUUAUUCACAUCAGAUUUCUUGAAGAAAGUGUUUUAAAGUGGUUGCCUUAUGUGUUUUAGAAAUCAAUAUAAACAGACUUAAAGACAUCAUCCUAAUGUCGUAUCUUUGCGCUUGUUGUCUUGCAGGAGUAGAUGAACAGUUGGAGAAAUUUAAGCUUUUCUUUCUUCCCCUCCCCCAGUUAAACAAUGUUACAGAUAGGAUAGGACAAAUACUUUGAGAGCUAUGCUCCACAGUCAUAAGUGGGAGGAUGCUGCUUGUUUCCAAAACUCUAAAAGCAAAUAAUUUAAUUGUAACAACGUAUUGGGAACCUGUUUCUGUCACACACAGCCCAUUUUAUGUAAACAGGUGACAGUGGAACUUUUCCGAAUGCUGGUGUAUUAUUAAAUAUUUGUACCUCUGGUGGUAGGACAAAGGGCUUAUCUCCUUGGAGCAUUCCAAGUGGAUUUUCUCCAUAGUGCUAGCAUCACUGUAUGCAGCAGGGUGCACCAGUAUUGUACCUUCAGUUAUACCAGGUUUUGGACUUUCAUUUGUCAAAUUGUCAUCAUGUGCAAUAAAGAUAACUACAUGAAUAAUGAAA